AUGGCGUCAACACCUGAGGGUGCUGCGCAGAGUGUUUACGAGGCAUCACUUGACGGACAAAGCGACUACUUUGGUCAAGCCGAUUUGUAUGAUGUCUCCAACAGGCUUCUUCAGUUCCAUAAUAAGGUUCUCCCCGCUGAUAACUACAAUUCGCCCUACUACAAUCCACUAAACUCUGCUGAUGAGCCGAAACCGGUGGACAAACUGAUCAAUCGGUUUUCAAUCUGGAAAAUGAUUAUCAAGCAAUUGAUAUUCUACUUCAAAGAGAUCAGCAUAUUCAAGAAGCAAACAUAUCUCGGUAAUAAGGCGAUGCUGGAGAAUUUGGAGCUUUUGAAGAAACAGACCAGCGGCAAACUAAAGUUCAAAGGAUCUGCAUCAAAGAAUCUUCGCCAAUCUUUGAGUUCGACGAAUUUGAAUCAGUCAGAUCAACACAACGCUCACCAAGAAGCCAUGCUUAACAAAUUUGUGCAGACAGCAUUUCUUCCGGUAGGCGAUCUCUCUGUUCUAUCGAUCUCUAGCACAUUAUCCAACUAUCACAACAGCUUGGCUGAAAAGGAGCUGAUAACACAUAACCAACUCACUUUGAAAAUCAUUCCGCGCUUGGAAAACUUGAAAGAAAGUCUGAACGAAACGAUAAAACAAAUUGCGUCAUUGAAAGGUUCUAGUGAUUUCAAAACUUCUGACCUCAAAUACGAGAUAGCAAAGACAGGAGCAAUUUUAGCUGAUUAUAUAACGUCGGUUGAGCUGCUCACGAAGGGCGAAACAACCACCUGUCUUGGCUCGCAUCUCAAAUUCACCAAACUGGAGCCCAAAAAGGACCCUUAUUUACUGCGGCUGAAACUUGACCUGCAACUCAAAGACCAACUUUACACUGAAGCACACUUGAAAGAAAGUUUCUAUGAUCUACAACACAAGAGCGUUCAGCUGGAAAGUAUUCUGUAUACCGAAGUCCAGAACUGUGUUCGCAACUUUGUCAAUCUAAUCAAUGCUGAGCUUGAUGCUGCAAAAGAUAAUAUGGUGAGCGAGUUCAUGAACGGAUUUCUAAAAAACGAUUUUGGCAUUGAUUGGGAUUACUUCAUAAUGAAUGACAACGCAAAGAAUCUUUUGAAACUCACUGCAAAAGAGUCAUUGAUGAACACCAAACAGAUCAGGAAAAAAUCGGAUAUUCAUUAUCCUUACCAGAAAGAGAGGAUCAGCUCAAGUUUGAUAUCAGGAUUUUUGGAAAAGAAAUCAAAGUAUUUGAAGAACUAUUCAAAAUUCUACUACGUACUUACGUUCAACUUUAUGCAUGAAUUCAAGACCGAGGAUCGGAAGAAGGAAAGACAUCCUUUGAACUCCUAUAGUUUGGACGAUAUGAAAGUGAGUGCAUCGCCAAAUGAUCCAAGGAAAUUUAUUGUCCGGAUGAAUUCAAGCAAAUCAAUUGAGUCCAAAACCAAAUACACUUUCAGAUGUCCUUCUCCAGAAAUUGCAUCAAGAUGGCUGGAACAGCUUACGGAACUGUGCUCGCUGAGUAAUCCUCUAGAAAGAAACAACCCAGCUAACACCGCAUACCUUACUCCAUAUUCAAAUACCCCGUCCGUUGUUAACAUGAAUGCAGGCGACUCUAAUUCGUCUAGAGAUGAUAGCACAUUUGUCUCUGGAGAUUCUAGUACAUCACAAACCCAAAUGUUCGAGAACAACCAUUCUUCGUCGUCCUUGCAUCUCCCAUCCUUCCAUUCGGUCAAGAAACUUAAUUCGCCCGACAUGCCGGCUCAGUCUGGACACAAGAAAAGCAACAGCCUAUCUUCACUUCCGGUUAUCAGUGCAAGCUCACCAUCUUUGCAUAGGUAUACUUCGUCCGGAAGCUCAACUACUCAAGCCUCCGAAGGCAUGUCAUUACACUCUACCACUCCAACCUCCCCACCAAAUGUUUCUGGAAGUGCAGCCAAAAUCAUAAUCAAUUCUCCAGAUUCCACCACGCCUGACGAGCCUGCAGACUAUUUCAAUUACACCGCACCACGUCCAAGACUUGGCAAGAGCGCCUCUACCGGAAAAGUCACUCCUCCUGGCCCCCAAGGAUCACAGAUUCUACGGCCGUCAUCUCCUUCCCAUCUGUCUCAAAUAAGACAGCCUAUUCAACGGUCAUCCUCACCAAAUAUCCACAACAAGCAUAACAUUCCUAGCUUCCUAGGAGGUCAACAAACUGCAUCCAUUUCACAAAGUUCCUCAUACUCUUCGAUGUCUUCUAUGGGUAACAACUCUCUUCCUUCUACUAAAGGCCUAGUUAGAGGCCGGGAAAGACUACAGGCUCAACUUAAAAAAGCUGCUUCCAAUAACCAAUCCAACCUGAACGGCGCGUUCUUGCAAUUUGGAAAUUCAGCCAGUGACUCCCCAAACCUGUUGAUACCCCCAUCGGCCUCGAACCUGCCCCAAACUCCAGGUAUUCUUCCUUCCAACUCAAUUGGUGACGUUUUCCCUGGAAGUGAAUCACGUGUCAGAUCGACUCCUUCGUCAUCAGAGCCAUUGAAGUCCCCUGGUGCCCAGUCUCCGGAAGGAUACUUUUAA